AUGAAAUCAAGGAAACGAGAUUUACUCACUAUUUCUGCCAAUUUAGGGGGAGGAGAUGGAGAGCUGAAGAAAGGAGGCAAGAAGAAGAAGUUCAUCACCAAAGAUGAAGAACCUCAACAGUACUGGCAAACAGCAGGUGAAAGACAAGGGGAAAAUCCUAUGAAAACCCCUCUUCCUUACAUAAUCAUAUUUGGGAUUAUAAUACCGACUCGGCCUAACCGGACAAAGACCCGUGAGAUGGAGGACAAGAAAGCCUACUUGCCUACUCGGUCAUUAGACUUUACCUACUGGUCCAAUGGUCUAUUGGUCCACUGGUCUACUGGUCUAAGGGUCUACUCCAAUGGUCUAUUGGUCCACUGGUCUACUGGUUUAUUGGUCCACUGGUCUACUGGUCUAAGGGUCUACUGGUCCAAUGGUCUACUGGUCUAA